GCUUUAGCAACCAAGGUUACAUUCCCCUAUAAGUGAAUAAAGUAGAGAGUCACAUGGCGCUUGUUUUGUUAUCAGGCCAAGAGAUUCCAAAAGAAGAAAAGGAGAAGAAAGAGAAAAUCUAUGAAGAAGAGAAGAAGGAUAUCCACGGAGAAGCAGACGGAAAGCAUAAAUUGAAGAAACGAUCCAGGAGUCCAGAUAACAGCCCAGCUGAUGGAAGAAACCAGAAGAAGAUUCGAGAGGAAGCAGAAACAACACUGCCCCUUAAUAUCAGCAACUACCGCCUUCUGAAACAGCUAGGUGAAGGUAACUUUGGCAAGGUGAUGUUGGCAUCUUAUGUCAUCAAAGACCAACUGGUUGCAGUGAAAAUCAUCGAAAAGAAACGGGAGAACAUCUUCAAGUUUGUCACGAGAGAGGCAUCAGUUCUACAGCUUGCAGACAGAUGCCCAUUUCUAUGCCGGGGAAUGGCAACAUUUCAAACUCAGUCACUCAUGCUGCUAGUGCUGGAGUAUAUCAGUGGCGGCACACUGGAUGACCUCAUAAAGAGCAGAGGACGUCUGACCAGUGACCAAAUACUGUUUUAUUCUUCAGAACUAGCAGUAGGUUUGAAGUUCCUGCAUGCAAACGGGAUCGUGCAUCGUGACCUCAAGCCUGAGAAUAUUUUGGUGGAUGAAGACGGUCAUUUGAAGAUCGCUGAUUUUGGCCUUGUGUGCACCAACAUGUUUGGAUCAAAGACUCGGCGUGGAAUUUGUGGAACACCAGGUUAUAUACCCCCAGAGGUUUUAUCAAACAAGAAAUACAAUUCAGGAGCUGAUUGGUGGUCGUUCGGUGUCACCUUAUAUGAAAUGGCCACCGGCACAUUACCAUUUCCACGGACAGGCACGGAGCAAGAACAAGUAGAAAGGAUUAUAGGUGGAGAGCCUGAGUAUCCUGAAUUCCUUUCUACUGAAUUGCGUGACCUCCUACAACAGCUCUUGAAGAAGAAGGCCGUCCAACGCCUUGGGGUAUAUUCCGACAUCUGUGACCACCCAUUUUAUUCCACAAUUGAUUGGGUGGAAGCGGAGAGAAGAGGACUGCUGCCCCCUGUUAUACCAACUACAUCAGUUAAGGGACUCAGUGAGGAAAACAUCCCGUUCCCAGAGGAGGACCCCAGUGUGACCCACAUGGUCAGCGAUUUCAACUACGUUGACCCAAGCUGGCAGGGGUAAUUCCUGUUAGUGCCACCACCGAGAUUAAUCUCAUCCAAAUCAUGAAAGCUGUGCAAAUUACCACCAGGACACCAGUAGCACUGGCUUCAUCCUAUGAUAUCGGGUAAUGUAUAACAGCCAAGGUGAGCGAAAACUGAUUUUUAAACAUCUUAAAAUCUGUCUUACUCCACCUACCCGAAUUUGAUCUUUCUCCCCACAUACACCAUCUUUCAGCACUGCAUGUAAUUGCUAGCAUCACCACACAAAGCACUUACAGCUGCAUUUAUCAUCUCUGUGUGCUUUCUGUGCCAUUUAUAUCUUACGCAGCUUUUCAUAGUUUAACAGUUUUUGUUCAUAGUCUCAGUAGCUAAUUUUGUUCUAUUUAAAAAACAAACAAAAAAAACCAAAAAAAAAACACCUCCCCAUCCUUUCAUGUUAAACUAACUCCUUGUCUUCCCAGUCUCUCUCAGCGUCCCCGUCUCUCCACAUGAACCUACCUUUCCCUAUUCCUUGCCAA